CCACAGCACCUCUUCACCCAUGGACUUGGAGGGAUCUGGAAUCUCAAAGACAGAGGAUGACCAAGAGACAACUCAGGCAGAGGGUUCAGGUGAGGAGGUAGUAGUUGAGACUGCCACUCAACUACAUGACCUAUUCACGGUAGCCUCAGAUGAGACCGAAAUCAGAGAGACUGAAAGCACAUCUUGGACUCCAAAUGUUGAUGCUUCAAAAGAGAUCACACAGUCACAGGAAUCCACUUCAACCCAAUCUCCUUCCAUGUUAAUAACAGGUAAACCAUCAGAGGCUUCCACAGUCUCUUUCACAGAGAAUGGUAGUGGUGACUUGACAAUUGACUCUACAGUUGAGAAUGAUGGUACAGAGGAUGAGAGUUCAGGUGAAGAAAAUGUAGACGUGUCCACUAAGCAACCUGCAAGCACAACUGUUCCUCUCCUGUCUAGUCCAGCAACAACAAUGGAGGAAUUUACCACAAUGUCUGUCAGUGGUGACGCCACCCUUGAAACAGCUGUUGAGGUUGAUGAAACCCUAUCAUCUGGCACAACUGCAGAGGUACCUAAGUUUAUUUCUAUUACAGCUCAGACCCCGGAAAGUGAGGUGACAGAAAGAAAAACAAGCAGUACAAAGAAAUCAUCAGUUGCCUUAAUUUCAGAUGAAAGCUCAGGUGACCAGACCUCUGAUAUGUUUACCAAGGAAACAGCCCAAACAGAAUCCAUUGUGUCAAGCACACCAGGCCCAGAUGAUGAGGGUCAUGUCAGCCCAGAUACUGAAACCCCCAUCAGUCCAGAUGCUACACAGCCCCCUGCUACUGUGAAUGAUCGCAAAACUAUGACUGAUAGCACAACUAUGAGUGACCGUACAACACACAGAUUCCAUAUAACCGAAAGAGACCAUACUAGAGCCCGUACAACAGUGAGUGAUCAUUCAACUGUUGGAGACCACACAGUAGCAAGAGACCACACAACUGUCAGAGACCAUACAACAGUGCCUUUUAGAUCACAGUCAUCCACAUUCACUGCUCUCCCCUCUAUUAUGUACCAAGGUGUUACUGACCAGCAGGUCAUGAUAGUCACCUCAACAGGCAGCCAAACCAAAACUGACCAGACCCCCACCAUGGUGGUGCACGGUACGAAACCAUCAACAAGCACAGUUAUCAUAUUUACAGAGGAGGCCGGAGAUGAGGACACACUGUUCUCCACUGUUACAGAGAGCAUGACCACAACCCCUGAGGUUAUCACUAAAGAUGAAACCAUAAUUGACGCUGAUACUGUGGCAAUGGUUGAACUCUCCUCACCUCUCUACUCCACCAUCUUUACAGAGGAAGCAUGGGGAGUCACAGCCAUUACCAUGACACCACAGUCCUCAAUUACAAUGACAAAAGAACCUGAAGGGUCUGGUACAGAUGACUGUUUGUCUUCCACAAUUGACUCACUGAGUCUGGCCACAACACAAAUCCCAUCAGUCACCUCUGUAGAUAUAUCUGCAGAGGCAAGUGCUAAGACAACAACAAGGUCUGCAAAAGUUAAACAUUCAGAGACUGUGAGAACGACCACCUCGUCAUCUGUAGAGGAUGUUUUUAGUGAGGCGUCUACUUCAGUGUUUGUGUCCUCUGUAGCUCAAACCACCCAAACCAGAGCUCUAACCACGGAGUCCAGCUCUCAGACGGCAUUCACCACACCAACUGUGUUUAUUGAUGAGUUCUCCGGAGAUGGUGUCACUGGUGAGGAGUCUGAUACCGAGCCUACUCCUUCUGCCCCUGUAUCAUCCCAAGCAUCAACUCUCCCCAUAGAUACAAGCUCACAGUCCACAGUUAGCAGUGAGGAAUUCCGGACAGCUGCAAUUGAAUUAUCCACCACCCCUUCUCCUAUUACUGUUAAAGCUAGAGUAGAAGACACAUCUGAUGAGCAUUCUGAAGUGGAGGCCACAACAACUUCAUUUAGUUCCUCCCAAGCCACCAAGGUGUCUGACACUCCUACACAACAUACGCCAGUGUCCACUGAAGAAGACAAAGAGACUGUGAAACCAACCAGCCCAUUGCCUGUUGAUGAGUCUUCAGGAGAAGAUGACUCUGAAGGCUCUGGAUCUGAGACCUUCACCUCUGUAGUGGAGACCUCCCAAACCACGAUCCCCACCUCAAGAGCUGCUAAGGAGGGUGAUGCGACAGAGAUUAACAUUCUAGUACCUUCAUCUUUAGAGGAGGGCAUCUCUGGGGAUGACAUGAAGACUUCAAAUCCCAAACCCUCUGAAGCCACUUCCUCCCUGUAUAGCAAAGAUAAACCAUCAGUUGCUUCCAUUUUGGAUUUAACCUCCACAGAUGAAGAAAGCUUUGGUGACCCAACCCCUAAAACGUUUACCAAAGAGUCUGCUACUGUACGUUUACAAAUGACAUCCACAACUACGGUUUAUUCUCUGUUCAGCACUGAGAAACCUUCACUUUCUUCCAUUUUGGAUAUAACCUCCACAGACGAAGAGAGCUCUGGUGACCAUACCCCUGAUAAUUUUAGUAAAGCGUCUAAAACAACCACUGUUUCUCCAGUUGACAGCACUGUCAAAAUGGAGCAGGUAACAGCCACAACAAUGUCACCUGAAAAAGCAACAGCAGAGAUUGAAAAGACUACAACUACUACAGGGUUGUCUCUGUUUAGGACUGAGAAAACAGAGAAAGCUUCCUCCCAGGCAAGUUUGUCUGUCCAUUCCACUGCUACGCCAUCUGUAAUGCUCGAUGUGGUGGAUCAGUUUGUCACAGAUUUUGUCCCCGAGGUGGACGUGACAAAACCUGAAGAAUCUUUCCAACAGGCUCGGUCUGAGAUUGCAUUUACCCAACAUGCAUUUACCCAUACCUCUGCUAUGUCAGUCACUACAACAGCUUAUUCUGUACACAGCACUGUCAAAGCAGAACAAGUGACAACCACAGUAAGGCCACAUGUGAUGUCACCAGAAGAGACUGCAUCCAUUGAUCCGACAGAAACACCAACAGACUCAGAGGAGUUAGUAACUCCUGGUGUUGAUGACAUAGAAACAGGUUCUACAGAUGAAGAGAGUUCUGGAGAUGAGACAAGUCCGAUGACCACCCAGGAGUCUCCUGUAACAGAAGCUCAUUUACACAGUAGCACAGCCAAGCCAUUGCAGACAUCAACAUCAGCUGUCUAUGAAUCCGUGGCUGACCUUACCUCUCCUGAAACAACUGCUGAUAGUGAAGAAACCAAACAGACAGACCUAACUAACACAGGACAGCCAUCAGAUAUUGCCAGUUCAGUGAAAAGCACAGUGAUCUCAGUCCUACCUGAUAAAGAUAAGGAGAGCUCAGGUGACCAAACCCUUGACAUUUUUACCAAAGACUUACCAACUACUACAGUUUCCUCUCUGUUUAGCACAGAGGAACCUACAACAAGAUCACAUGAAACUGUAACAGAGGAGAGUGAAGUCACUGAGCAAACUGAGAGACCAUCAGGCUCUGGAAAACCAUCAGCUACCAUCUCUGUCUUACCUUCCACAGAUGACCAGAGCUCAGGUCACCAGACAAGUGAGGGUUUCACUACAGACACUUCUUCAACAGAAGAUCCUCUCUUGGCUAGCACAGAGCAGGCAAUUGCCUCUGUCUAUUCCACUGAGGCAGCAUCAGAGUCUGACGUGGUGGUCCAGUUUGUCACAACAUUUGUCCCCAAACCAGACAUGACAACACCAGAGGAAUCGUUUGAACAGGCCAGGUCGGAGAUAACAUUUACUCCUCGUCCUCAUACUGAUCUCUCUUCUGAGGAAACAGCAUUGCCUACAACCAGUCCCAUGCUGCCUAAGGAAUAUUCAAGCCAGUCUUUAGAAACUAUAACUGCACCUGCACAGAGCUCAGAAUCAACUUUUGUCUCUACUGCUUCUCCAGUGAAGACUGAUGCUGUUUUACCCACACCAGAGGCAGAGGAACAAGUUGAAGCUUCAAGCCAGGUACCUACAUCAGAGGAGGCAGAGGGCAGCUCCGAACAAGAGGCUGUGGUUGAAGACACAAGCGUUCCUAUCAUUGUUUCUCCUCUAACUGAGAAGGUAUUAGAAACUAAAGUGAACGGCACACCAUCUGCAAUGACAUAUAUUGAUGAAAUGGUGGACUAUGAAAGUACCUCAGAGCCAGUACAGGUUAAAUCUAUACCUUCCGUCGUUAUAACCACCACAAAGCCUGAGGUGGAAGCAACAGCGCUCAGAACUGCCCCAACACAGACUGUCCCAACACAGACUGUCCCAACACAGACUGUCCCAACACAGAAUGUCCCAACACAGACUGUCCCAACACAGACUGCCCCAACACAGACUGCCCCAACACAGACUGCCCCAACACAGACUGUCCCAACACAGAAUAUUCAGAGUGUGUCAUCGAGUUCAGAGAGCAGUUCAGAGAGCAGAUCAGAUGAACUGUCCAGCCCAUCUGUGACUCAAUCAGUAUUAGCCUCCUACAGCUCAGAAAGCAGUUUGGAGGAAAAGUUGACAAUUGCUUCAACCUUGAAGCCAGAGAAUGACACAACAGAGGAGACCACCCCAUCCCUCUUAGUGACUCAGACAGAACUGACAGCCGCCGUCACUGGUUCAUCCUCUCUCACGACUUCUCCAGAAGAAAAUACAGUUUCUGAGAAGCCAGAGAUUGACACUGUGGAGGAAACCACCCAAUCGUUGGCACAGAUUCAGACCGGGGUUUUGCCAGGUGUCACCAGUCCACCAUCUCGCCAGUCUCCAGCCGACCCCGGAGCGGAGUCCCUUAGUGUCGCAAGCUCCUCUGAGAAACAUGAAGCACAGGGUGAAAUUGAGGAAGUUGUUACUCCUACCACAGAGAUGCCAACGAGGGAAAAGCCAGAGUACACAACUGAAUCGCCAGCAGGAACACAGAACCAGCCAGAAUCAGUUGCUACAAUCCACAGUAUUCCUUCAUCUGUUUCUGCAGAGGAGGAAACCGUGGACUAUGAUAAUGUAUCAGGACCUACGUUAGUUGAGGGUGAACCCCCCAUCAAGGGAGUAGAAACUACCCCUUCAUCUGAGACCAGACUGGAUUUGGGGCACACGAUCGUUGGCGAGACAAUUGAAAUUGCAGGCAUCCACUCGUGCACUGAGAACAUUUGUCUAAAUGGGGGCUCUUGCUACAGACGCGGAAGUCUCCCCUCUUGCAGCUGUGCCCCUGGCUACAGUGGAGAUCGUUGUGAAACAGACAUUGAUGAAUGUCAGUCCAACCCCUGUCACAACGGAGCUACAUGCAUUGACGGCCUGAAUUCCUUCACCUGUGUUUGCCUCUCAAGCUACGCUGGACUCUAUUGUGAAGAAGACACUGAGACGUGUGACUAUGGCUGGCACAAGUUCCAGGGCCACUGCUACAAGUACAUCCCCCAGAGGAGGAACUGGGACACAGCGGAGAGAGAGUGCCGGGUACAGGGGGCACACCUGGCCAGCAUCCUCUCCCAUGAUGAGCAGCAGUUUGUCAACCGCCUUGGACAGGACUACCAGUGGAUCGGCCUGAACGAUAAGAUGUACGAGAAUGACUUCCGCUGGACCGACAGCACGCCCAUGCAAUAUGAGAACUGGCGUCCCAACCAGCCAGACAGUUUCUUCUCAUCUGGAGAGGACUGUGUGGUGAUGAUCUGGCACGAGGACGGCCAGUGGAAUGACGUGCCUUGCAACUACCAUCUCACCUUCACCUGCAAGAAAGGCACAGCCAUUCAUUCUCCCAUCAAACCUUGUGUGUUCUUCCCAGUGGCCUGUAACCAGCCCCCUCUGGUACAGAACACUCGUACCUUCGGCAGAAAGAGGUCACGCUAUGAGAUUAACGCACUAGUGAGGUACCAGUGUACGGACGGUUUCAUCCAGAGGCACGUGCCAACCAUCCGUUGCCGUGAAGACGGACGAUGGGACAUCCCCAAAAUCGCCUGCAUGAGUCCAUCAAACUUCCAGAGGGCCUUUGCGAGGAGGCAGAGUUACAGCCUGUUCAGUAGCAACAAAUAUAAGCGGCGGUCUGACGAGGCGGCGGCCCGACAUCGUCCUCACCAUCGAGGAAGGAGAGAGCGGAGAGGCAGAAGACAAGCAGAAGACAAUGAUCGCCAUGGUUACGCUAGGUUACGUUUACUCAGAACUAGCAGAGCCUAAACCAUAGGAACGCAGGACUGUUAGUUAUGUGGAUAUAUAUAUAUUUUUUAAUCGAAUUAAAACAUUUUAAGAACUUUAAAGAAUGAAAGGACAAAAAGAAGAAACCCAAAGGAUAUUUACAAUUUUUCUUGCAAUUUUGAUGGUGGAAUCUUGGAAUGAUGUGAUUUUAAAGGAUAUUCUUAUAAAGGGACACUAUUUUAUAACAAAGCCAAAGUGGAUACCUUCAGUUGGCUACUAGGAAAGUGUGCUGGAGAUGUACUUUGGACCAAAUAAUGCAUUCAUCCGCAACUAUACGAUUUUCUCCAUUUUAUACAGACAGGAGAGCGUUCAACUCUUACAUUGGGAAAAAGAUACUGACAAAUUCCAGCUUUAGUGAAAUUAUAGCGCUUAUGUUAUGCAAAAGAAUACAAUUAAUUUACAAAUAGUCUGUGCUACGCAGGCACUGACAAUCAAAUGAAUCCACAGUACACAAUCCAUCUCUCUCUUCUCUACAUUAUUCCGGGAAUGACAUUUCAAAGAAAGAGGUUCUAUACUUGUGUUUAUCUUGUUGUUACACAUGAUUACUGUAUGCAAUUUAUACAGAGUUUUUCAUCCAAUACCACACUUGGGACUAUCUGAUGACACACGUCACUGACCAAUCAGAUUUCAGAUCACAGAAAGAAAAACUGAAACAUGGCGAAGGCCCAUCCAAUCAGAAUUUAGAUAGCUGGAGUCCUUUUAUCACUAGCUCUUUGUCAUCAGCUGCAGUCUUCAUCCUGUCUCAUCCAUAGAUAUAUAAAGAAUAUAUGAUGCGAUGAUAAUGGGUUAAUAUUUGUGCACAUCCAUUUAACACUUUUGCUUUCUAUUGUAUGUUGAGAAACUAGAGAAGAGAUUUCUAAGUAUUAUUUGACUGAGGGCCAAAUGAGUGUCUCCUCCUAAGCCCUAAAGGCCUUAUACAUUGAAGUGAAACCAUCGACCUGUAAAUUAUUUGACUGUGUUGAAUGAAACUAUAGAAGGGAAAGGAGGGUUAUGGAAUGUAUGUUUUCUAGACAAUAUAACCUGGAAUUCCUUGCUACGUUUACAACAAAUGCGAGGUAUUUUAAUGUUACUAAAACAAUGUUAUAAAAAUCCUUUAAAAAAUUAGCUUUGCUUCUGUUCUGCCCGAGGGGGUAACUUUUCUGUUUCCUGACACUGUAGGCGACUCAAGCUCUUCGCUUCCAUGUGCUGUUUUCUUAGGUCAAUGUAAAACUACUAUUGAGAGAAUGUACUUAGUGAAACACUUUGAAAGACUUGAACAAACACCUUUUUUAACAAAAGAUACAAAUAAUUUAUUUUUUCAAGCUGCUCUUCUUGCUACGUAAUUUUUUUGUAAGUGAAAUAUUCUGACGAUGCAAUCACUUGGUCUUACUUGUCUCAAUACUAGAAUGUAUUUACAUGCUCUGUAGGAGACAGCUAACAUCGCAGUAUCUGAGUCAAUGUGAUGAAGAUAUUCCUUUACGACACACUACGCUCGAUAGGCCUUAUAGUAUGACAUUUAGGGGUCAACAAUGGACCAAAGAGUAGGGCUUCAAUCAGCUGAAAUUGCAGUGUUUCUGUCACACAACACUUUCUACAGAUUUAGUGUUGCACAAUUGAUGACGGUCAUCCAGCAGUUGUUGUUUGUCUUUUUUUAUUUGUGUUUUAGCAUCAAAGUGCACAUAAUAACAUUUACAGUAUAACGUUUUUUUUACAAUGUGAAAGUCUGGGAUGUUCGAGAAAUACAUUUCUAAAUGAAACAAAAUUGUUUUACCUGCUCUCAGUCACCAAAGAAAUCAAAUAAAAAG